GCAUGGCAGCCCUGUCGCUUUUCCUUUUUGCUUUCCCCGGGUGCACUCAAGAUUUCGUCCUUUUCUUGGAGUCAGCUCCUAGUCACAGGAGAGGGGCCUUCGCUCUUUGCAGCUGCGGGACCCCGAGAAGUUCAUCUUCUGGGCAACUUGUCGGGUGAUCUCAGCCUGACGUGGUGAUUUGGGGCUGUCGUGCAUCUGCCUCCCAGGCUCAUCUGAAAGACGGAAGCUACUAAAGUUCCUGUGGACGCAAAGUAGAAUUUCAUAAGAACAUAAUGGAUGGAGAAGAGAAAACCUAUGGUGGCUGUGAGGGCCCUGAUGCCAUGUAUGUCAAAUUGAUAUCUUCAGAUGGUCAUGAAUUUAUUGUAAAAAGAGAACACGCGCUAACAUCAGGAACAAUAAAAGCCAUGUUGAGUGGCCCUGGUCAGUUUGCUGAGAAUGAAACUAAUGAAGUCAAUUUUAGAGAGAUCCCUUCACAUGUGCUAUCAAAAGUGUGCAUGUAUUUUACCUACAAGGUUCGCUACACUAACAGCUCCACGGAGAUUCCUGAAUUCCCAAUUGCACCUGAAAUUGCACUGGAACUGCUGAUGGCUGCGAACUUCCUAGAUUGUUAAAUAAAAUAAAUUAUAAUAAACUGUUAACUUUUUUCAGUAUUUAA